AUGAGUGAAGACACCUCGAACAUGUUCUUGCAGGGCGCCUUCUCCAUCGAUGCUAAGGCAGCCCAAGCGACAAGCGUGAAGCAAAAGUACCUAGUGGAUGGUUACAUCCUUGGGCAGUGGGGAUCUUACAGAAGAUUCAACGAGAGCGUUUCAGCCGCGUUCCGGUCGGCCUACAGGUCCCAAGUGGAGGCCGAGGAAGAGGUCUCCAUCGAAGUAACCGACAGGGAACAGAAAGAAGAGCUGAACCAAGAGCGCUUGAGGGCGCAGGAGGCAGCAAAGGUGGCAGAGGAGGCGAAGGACGAGGCGAGACGGUUGGCUGAGGACCAUAAAGCCGAGGUACAGGCGGCAAAGCAAGAGACCACCAAUCUGCGGCAAGCCAAGGAAGCCGCCGAGGAGAAGCUGCGGCUGCAGCAGGAGGAGAUGUGGCAGGAGAAUCGGAGGCGGCAGCAGGAAGAGCGAAGGCCGUUCAGGCGAGCCUCGUCCAACGAAGAGGCGAAGCAGGAUGCGAACGGGGCUGGUGCAAUGGCGACGGCAAGGGCGGUGGCCCGGGCGGUAAUGGCGGCAUGGCCAUCUGGUGGCGGCAUGGGCGGUGGGGGCUGCGGCGGCGGGGGCGGCGGCCACAGCAAGGGCGGCCACAAGGGCGGUUGCAGGCUAGGUUGA